GCUCUGUACAACAUUGUCAAUUUUUGAGCCUCCAUUCCCAAGGUUAAAGGCAUAUACGUGACGCGGAGUACAUCGCCUGGCGCUCGAUAUUGCAAUAUCUCCUCUCGACCAUGGCGACGGUAGACGGCUUACCACCAGACCCAUUGAGCCUGCUGCGACGAACAAUCGCCGCGAACUCGCUUCCAAUCCCUACAACCGACUCCGAUCCAAACACGCAAGCACAAUCAAAUGCCUCACUUGCGCAAGCAUCAUUUCUCGUAUUCAACUUCAACACUCCACAGGAAGGCGCACAGCAUAUCUCAAUCCCACUCACUCAAACAACGCGAUUCAUCUCACCGGCCGCCGGCGAGAAGCCGCUGGACUUGCGAUCAGUGUACUUUUGUUGGUUGCACAAGGACAGCACUACUGCCGAAUACAUCACUGCAGUACAAGCGCUCAACGAUGAGCUUCGUCAAGCCGGUAAAGAUGAGGCGAUCACCAAUGUUGUUUUCGCAGAAAAGUUGGACUUGAAUACUUGGUUGGCGGGAGAAGUCGGAGAGCAUGACAGCGAACACAUUAAGAGUCUCGAUGAUAAUCGGGAAGCUCGACUGGAAGCCCGAGACGCGGCCAAGCAUGCUGCUGGCGGUGAAGAUGUGGAGAUGCGGGAUGUCGGCGGCACAGACGAAGUGAAGCGCAAGGAAGAGGAGGAGCGGUUGCGGCUAAUCUACGCUUCCGAGAGACGGAUGGGCGAUCACAAUACCGUGCUUCGAGGCGGAAAGAUCCAAGACUUCAGCGGUGUACGAAAAUAUAGCCAACUGUUCCUUGGCAAAACAAAGCCUGCCGGAGCCAGCGCGCCACAACAACCCACCCUCAACCCCAAUCCUGCUCUUCGACCACCCGUCAAGCCCGCGCAAAGCGGACGUCGCCUUGAACCCAUCAUCCUCCUCUCACCAUCCGCAUCCAGCCUCGUCCGCAUGCCCAACAUCAAAUCCUUCCUUGAUACCGGCGAAUAUUCGCCCGUCAUGCCCGGUUCCGACUCGCCCACAAUCCUCCACAUCAGCCGCGCGCUCAAGACGAUCCACCCGAACUCACAAACGCGUUUCAUCCUCGUGGACGACCCCACAAAUUUCCGUCCAGAUUAUUGGUCACGCGUAGUUGCCGUCUUCACAACCGGACAAACUUGGCAAUUCAAGGGCUACAAGUGGCAGAAUCCCGCAGAGCUCUUUUCACACGCCAUGGGCAUCUACGUCGGUUGGAAGGGCGAGAAAGUGCCCGAGACGGUCAAGGGCUGGGGCCGUGGCGUGUUGAGUGUGCAGAUUGAGAAGGGCACGCAGCGAUGGCGGGAUCGCGAGGUGGUGGAGCAUAUUUGGAGCCAGCUCGAGAUACGUAUGCGUGCACAGGGAUGGGGACGAGAUGGAAAGUGAUUGGAGUUACGCUGUGCCGCGUGCGAUGCAGGUGGCCUGCGAUCAGGCUACUGAUUUUGUAACUUUUGAUUGAUUUAAUUGCGUUGCGUUCGAGCGGGAUCGGAGUUGAUCUGAUGUACUAGUAUGGGAAAGAGUCCAGCAUGAAAUACUGUCAACGAAUUCCGACAUAUCGAUGAGGCCUCGGCGUUGACAACAGCUACGCAGGUGGUUACGUGUCGGUGGUUUCAAUUAGCCGAUGCCUGGUGUGUCCCAGGACUGAAUCGUGCCUCGUUCGUUGGCUAGCCUUUGACCAGACAUCAAUCGAAUGUACCAACCACAUACUAUACUCAUCAAGCACAUCUAUUCCGCUC